GAUUGUGAUGAUGAUGAUGAUGAUUGUGAUGAUGAUUGUGAUGAUGAUGAUUGUGAUGAUGAUGAUUGUGAUGCUUGUGGUGAUGAUGCAUAUGAUGAUGAUUGUGAUGAUUGUGAUGAUUGUGGUGAUGAUGAUUGUGGUGAUGAUGAUUGUGAUGAUGAUGAUGAUUGUGGUGAUGAUGAUUGUGAUGCUUGUGGUGAUGAUGCAUAUGAUGAUGAUUGUGAUGAUGAUUGUGAUGAAGAUUGUGAUGAUGAUGAUUGUGAUGAUGAUGAUUGUGAUGAUGAUGAUUGUGAUGCUUGUGGUGAUGAUGCAUAAAAUGAUGAUUGUGAUGAUGAUUGUGAUGAUGAUUGUGAUGAUUGUGGUGAUGAUGAUUGUGGUGAUGAUUGUGAUGAUGAUUGUGGUGAUGAUGUUUGUGGUGAUAAUGAUGAUUGUGGUGAUGAUGAUUGUGGUGAUGAUGCAUAUGAUGAUGAUUGUGAUGAAGAUUGUGAUAAUGAUUGUGGUAACGAGUCCCCGUGCUUUAAAUUACCACUUGAUAAGCCACUUCGUUGA